AUGUAGAUUAGUAAACUACCAUUGUUAGAUUAAACUUUAUCAUCUUAAAAAAUACUACCUAGCAAAACUAAAAUAAACAAUGAAAAUCCAAAUGGUGUAAGUGUUUAGAAAGGGUAUAGAUAGCCUAAUGUACUAAACACAAGAAGACAAUUAAGUAUAAUGAAGCAAACAACUGAAGGCAAGAAAUUGAUAACUAUUUAAAAUGAUGAACCAAUUUAAAAAAGAGUUAAUGCAGGAAAGUCCUAAUCUGAGGGCUAAAUAAUUGAGAAACUACAUCAAGAGUUUGAUCAAAAAUAUUAAGAAUAAGUAAAUAAGAUUUAUUUAAGAUAGGUUAGGAUUAUUGAGGAUAUAAAAUCAGAGAAUGUAAAAUUAAAAAUGCAAUUAGAAGAAUAGGAAUAAUAAAUAAUAUAUUUAAAGUUAAUAAAUAAUGAUCUAAGAUAAUAAAUAGAUAAUUCUAGUUUAGCAUAAUAAUUGAAGAAAUUAGAGAUAGAAUAUAAGGAUACUUAUAGAAGAAUGGAUGACACUCUAAGAAAAGCAAUAGAUGAAAAUUAUGAAAGCCAAAUAAAAUUGAAAAAUCUAUCAAUAAAAUAAUAACAAUUAGAAUAAUUUACAGUAAAUAAAAAUAAUAAUGAUAUAGUUUUCUUUAAGACAACAACUUACAUGCAAAUUCUGCAAGAAAGAAUUAUAAAAUACUAUUACUGUGAUUCCANUUUAAAUUAAAGAUUACACAGGAUUUGUUAGUAUAAAUAUUGAUUGUAUAAUAAAUAUAUAAAAACUAUUAAAUGAUUAUAAAAUUAAAUGUGCAGUUAUAACAAAUAAUUAGAAAAUAAGUUUUAAGUUUUUGAUCUUUUAAUAAAUAUUUAAUAUAUAAAGUUCAUAAAAAUAUUAUGAAAUUUAAAGAUAAUUAAAUGAAGUUUUGAAUUCUAAUUUUCUAUAAGAUUAAUAUAACAAUUGA